UGUAAUUUUAAUUUUAUCCACCAUUCAGAACAAGAUGUGCGGUCCUCAAGAAGAAGACCACAGGUCCUGAAAAGUCAAGAUCUUCAGUGUGUAUCCAAGUUAACAUGGAAGCAGCUUGAGGACCAAUAUCUCUGUCUACAGGAGGAGAUCACACUCCUCAAACAACAUGUUCAAAUACUAGAAUGGAAGUUACACAGGUUCUCCACUAAAUUGUCAAAGCUGAGGAACGGACAUUCUGGUUUGGCUGGGGGGCAAAAUGUUGAAGCUAAAGACACUAUUGAAGAGCUGAAGGAUCGUGUAGCUACUCUGGAGAGCCAGAAGGAGGUGUUGCAGAGAAAACUUAUCAUGGCCAGACAGCAGAUCCUGGCUCUGGGCAGACAUACUCACCAAAGUCCACGCAUGGGACGGGGUGUACAACCAGAGGGAGAAGUCACACAGACAUCUCAAACAGUCCCAGCUCACUAUGCACUCAGCUCCAUGGAUGAUUACAAAGGACAGACUGAAAGAUUUUUUACAGAACCACAGCCAGUGAGGUUAACAGAGCUUGACCUGGCUAUUCACUCCCUCAGAGAGACCUUUACACUAAAGGAGAAAGAAUUAGAAUACCCAAUGAAAGAACUGCACAAACAGCAAAUUGAUGGACUCAGACUUACCAUAAAAGAUAAUGUAGAUGUGAUCAGACUGCAGAAACAGCUGUCUAAUGAAAGGACUGCUGUUUUGGUCAUUAAGGAUAAGUUUACAGUUUUAAAACAGGCUUAUGAGACCCAGCUGGAAGAGGGCCAGAGGUCACUGCAGGAGAGCCAGGUGACCUUGCUGGGAAAGUUGGGGCAGCUGAGUGAGCAACUGAAACAGGAAAAGCAUAAGGCACUGAGCCUAGAGGGUCAGCUUUAUACUGCCACUAUCUCGCUGCACAGCUUGGCAGAGCUUCAGGAGAGGGUCUCAGACAUUGAAGGGGAGAGAAAUCUCCUGAAGAAGAGCUAUAAUGCUCUGCUGCUGAGCACUCUGUCUGCCCAUAGCCACCAUAAUGAACAUGAGAGUGAUAGACAGGAAGUGGAGAACUGGAGAGCUGAAAUGUCCAUACUGGAGAAGAAGCUGGAAGAUGAAAAAAGGGAGAGAGAAAUGCUGGAGCAGGAAAAAAAGAGGGUGGUGCAAGACUAUGAAAGGAGUCAAAUGGAAAGAGCACAAGAAAGGGCCAUUACCACUACCCUUAGAGAAAAACAUGACUUCCUGGAGCAAGAAGUGUUACACUACAGACAGAAUGUGACAUCCCUACAAGAGAGACUAGACAGAGUAUCAAAAGAUUUUCAUAUGGAUGUGGAAGGCCUUAGUGAAAUUCUGAUGCAGAUUAAGGCUUUUCGACUGCAUCACGAGAGUUGUAAGGGUCUGACAGUCCUGGUGAGUAAUGAGAAGGUCAAGAACCCAUCACGAGAACUGUCUACUCUACAGGUUUCAUAUGCAGAAACCAUACUAGAGCUGCAGAAAACUCGGGAAUUGUUGGUAAUGCAACAUAGGCUCAAUAGUGACCUGCAGGCUGACAUGAAGAUAGAGAAGGAGAGAGCAGAAAGGGAAAAAGAACGGAAAAGAAGGGAGGUCAUUGAAAAAGACAAACUGUUGAAAAAUAGGGCUCUUCAAAUCAACAGUUUACAAGCUCAGCUGAGAGACUUAACUUACUGUCCUAGAAACUACAAUCAGAUUAUACCACAGCAAUACACAUGGACAGGGGUGGAUCAGGAGAUAGUCCAGAUGAUGGAGGGGAAUACCAUACUAAAUCAGCUCCAGGAUGCAGGAUCCUUGCUUGAAAUCAGUCUUAUGGGAGCCAUGUUCACCCCUGUGGGACUGAGACUCAUGAGACAGCAGAGAGGUGUGGAUACCAGUGGUCCCCAUCAGGUGGUGACAUUUUGUACCUACACAUUCCUUGAUUUUGAAAUGCAGUCAACCCCACUGGUUUCAGGGACACAGCCAAACUAUGGCUUCACAUCCUGCUAUGUCCUCACUGGCCACAACUCCACCAAGCUUGAGGGUCAAGGGGUGUUUGCACAUGUUGAAGUACAUCAGGCACUAGGAGGAGUGCAAUUCAUAACGCAGGGCAGAGCAAUAAUCCCCCUAAUACAAACACUACAGCACAAAGGAGAAAAAGUAAAAGGGAGAGUCAACAUUACAGGAUCCAAGGGGGAGAUAAUAGGGGUCCUGGAAUUCUGGGUCCGUCUGAUCUCUGAAGUGGAGCCAAAAGAUAUUCAAACAGAUAGAAUGACAGAACAAAUGAUGGAUGGCAUGACUGACCGAUUGCCCAUAGACAGAGCUUUAUACUGGAGUCACAUACAGCCUGAAGAAUUAUAUGAGUAUGGUGGACCGUUAUGCAAUGAGUUGGUGGUGGUACUGGAACGCUGUGUGGGAGUAUGCUGGCGAGGACUUCAUCCUGAUGCUUAUUUAAUUCAUCGUCUGUAUGAUCUACCCCCUUAUUCCACUCCUACAGUACCGAUCUAUACAGACCCUUUGUUUACAGACUCUACCACCUACCCAUUAACUGUUACACCAGAUCUGAUUGAAUACCUAAAGAAGAGAAGCCUAUGGGUAUAUAUGAUUGAUGACAGCAAAGGCCAGAGUCCUACUACUUACCUGGCCAAGACACCAGUGCCACUGCAGGCCCUAAUAACAGGCAGGCCAAUUAAAGGUAGUUAUGUCCUGAGGGACCCUGCAGGGGUUCCUAGAGGCAUAGUGAGGGUGCAUAUCCAGUGGAGGUACCCAUUCCAGUCACCUGAGGCCCUAUCCAGACCAACACAAAAAAGGAAAACAGAGAGGGAUGGAAAGCGGCUCAAAAACAUUGAAGAUAAAACUCAAGUGUCACCGAGGUCAAUUGCAAAGCUGAGACCAGGGCCUUCCAAUCUUCCUCUCAAAAUGCAUAGUCCUGCAAGAUCAGAGCAACCCCACUUUCCUACACCCAAGUUGCCUCCAAGAGAACCAGGAGCUAAAUCGAUACAUUUUCCAAUUUACAACCAAACCUGUCAUACAAGGUCAUUCAACCACAGUCUGAACAUGCUUGACUCUGAUCACACCUCAACUAGCAACAAGCAAAGGAGCUCAAGACAUCAUUCAAAGGCAAUGGAACAAGAAGACAAGGAGAAGGGACAAGACGAAUCCCAGUCUGUAAGUCUGAGAGAUCAACUGGACAGUGUUCUAGAAUCUAUGGAAUCCACCACCCCUAGUGACAGUGAUAUUAUCAUUCCCCAGCCUCAAAAACAUGUCAAAGAGGGCUACCGACUUAAAGUUGAGAUCUUAUCACUUUUGUUUGACCCUUCCUCAAGUGUUGCUUUAGACCAAUCUGUGCAGCAAGUUUAUGUGGAGUACCGCCUCUCAGGCAUUCCCAUGGAAACCACAGAGACCCCCAUGUCUCUGCAAAAACCAACUGAGGGGGAAGAAAUACAUUUCAACUUCAGCAGAGUCAUACACGUUGACACCACGGAGGCAUCUCCUCUGAGGCAGUACCUCUAUACUAUACUGGAAAGGACUGAUGCUAAACAGGGCAGGUUAAAGUUCACUGUGGUCAGUGAGCCGUUGAAUGAGGAAGAUGAAUGUGUGGAUGUUGGCCAUGCCUACUUGGACUUGCAGGAACUACUUCUUACAGGGAAUGAUGUAAUUGAACGCCAAAUUGAUAUUAUCAGAAUGGAUGGUGAUCAAGAGGUGGUGGGGAGUCUGAGAGUGUCUUUAGAGGCUGCACAAGCUUUAACAGGAAUCUCCUGGGAGUACCCCAACUAGGAAGAGUGGAAAGAGAGAAGGACAGAGGCACAGGAAACAGAGCAAAGGAAGAGGCAAAAAAAGAGUAAUAAAUCAAGAAAAGGAGAUCCAAGUUAUUGAGCUUGAUUAAUUUAUCUGAAAAUCCUAAAUAAAUUCUUUGACAGUGAUAUCAAUAAGUGGUUGUUUUAUACACAAUGUAAAGAAAGAGUUUAAAGCUGGUGUAAGCAGUAUAGCCUCCAAAGGAAUCACCCUCCAUCUCUCAGUCUCAAACAGUCUAUCCAUACCUCGACAAGUGCACAGUGUAAUGUGCAUGUAGAUUUAGAUGUAACAUCAUGACCCAGGAAAUGCCAGUGGGGGUACAGGCUUUUAUUAUAUGACAUAUAUUACAUUUUAUUAGAUAUAUGAAAUUAAUGAUAUAGUUCAAACCAAGUACAGUGAGAACACACACCCAUUGACGGAGUGCUCAGUAAACCAGGAGCUGAUUUUCCAUACCUUUUUUCCUCUGUCGAGCCAUUUUUGCUCCCUCAGAGAGAUAUUCAGCUUUCACAAUCCCCUGUCAUCUAACUAGCAGGCUUGCGGCAUGAGAAUCAGAAACCAAAAAAGGUAAAAGGAUUGGUGAGAUGGCACCCUCAAAUUGCCACAAUCUGGCAUAUUGGCUAGGCACCCACAUACACCUAUCAGUCACACCAUUAAAACCACUGACAGGUGAAGUUGAUGUGUUGGAAGCAGGAAAAAUCGGCAAGUGUAAGGAUCUGAGUGACAUUGACAAGGGCCAAAUUGUGAUGGCUAGACGACUUGGUCAGAGCAUGCCCAAAACGGCAGGUCUUGUAGGGGUGUUUCCAGUAUGCAGUGGUUAGUACCUACCAAAAGUGGUCCAAGGAAGGACAACUGCGGAUCUGGCGACAGGGUUAUGGGCGCCCAAGGCUCAUUGAUUCCCAUGGGGAGCAAAGGCUAGCCCAUUGGGUCACAUCCCACAGAAGAGCUACUGCAGCACAGCAACUGGUGAAAAAAGUUAAUGCAGGCUAUGAUAGAAAGGUGUCAGAACACACAGUUCAUCGCAGCUUGCUGUGUAUGGGGCUGCAUAGCCGCAGACUGGUAAGAGUGCCCAUGCUGACACCUGUCCACAGCCAAAAGUACCUACAAGGGGCACAUGAACAUCAGAACUGGACCGUGGAGGAAGAACAUGGCCUGAUCUGAUGAAUCACAUUUACUUUUACAUCAUGUGGAAGGCCAGGUAAGGGUGUAUUGCUUACCCGGGGAAGAGAUAGCACCAGGAUACACUAUGGGAAGAAGGCAAACCGGGAGAGGCAGUGUGAUGCUCUGGGCAAUGUUCUGCUGGGAAACCUUGGGUCCUGGCAUUCAUGUGGAUGUUACUUUGACACAUACCACCUACCUAAACAUUGUUGCAGACCAAGUACACCCCUUCAUGGCAACCGUAUUCCCUAAUGGCAGUGGCCUCUUUCAGCAGGAUAAUGUGCCCGGCCACACUGCAAAAAUUGUUCAGGAAUGGUUUGAGGAACAUGACAAAGAGUUCAAGGUGUUGACAAGGCCUACAAAUUCCCCAGAUCUCAAUCUGAUCAAGCAUCUGUGGGAUGUGCUGGACAAACAUGAGCGAUCCAUAGAGGCCCCACCAUGCAGCUUACAGGACCUAAAGGAUCUGCUGCUAUCAUCUUGGUGUCAGACACCACAGCACACCUUCAGGGGUCUUGUGGAGUCCAUGCCUUGAUGGGUCAGAACUAUUUUGAUGGCACAAGGGGGACCUAAACAAUAUUAGGCAGCUGAUUUUAAUGUUAUGGCUCAUCAGCAUAAAUUCUGAUAGAUAGAUAGAUAGAUAGAUAGAUAGAUAGAUAGAUAGAUAGAUACAUAGAUAGAUAGAUAGAUAGAUAGCAUUUAUUGUCAUUGUAUUUCUACAACGAGAUGAAUGGAAUGACGGGUCACAUCUUCCCCCUAUAAGGAGAGAAGAGGUCCUUAAAGCAGCCAUGCAAGGCGCUAAUGUCCUCUCUCAUCCGCGAUAGAAGAACAUAGAGAACAGAACAGUCAAAGCAAUAAACAAAGUCACAAACACAUACAUCAUCAUACAAUGGAGCAGUUACGUGAGGGGUCUUUUUUGUUGGUUACAGUACGGGAGGGUGGGGGGAGCAAGAGAUUAGAAAAAAGAAGAAAAUGUGACAGAAAUGUGAUGGCAUUGCAUGAAUGAUAAGAAGAGAAAUGUCACACUCUCUGACUCCUGAUAGGCAUCUAAUCACCCUCAACAUCCCACACCACUAGAGGUCCAUAGAGCCCAUUCAUAAAGGACAAGGGCUGCCAACAGGGCACUUUAUGGUUGAAAGAAACAUCAAAUCAAGACCAGUUUAAAGUGAGCAACUGGGCUUAAUUAGUUACAGAAAAUGUAGUUUGUUUUCAUUUCUAGUAGAGUGGAUUAUUAUUUGUAAACUGAAUCUGACCUGAUGGAAUGUUAUUUUGUAUGGUGUAUAUAUAGUACACAAAGCUACUUUGAUCUUCGCUUCUCUCUUCACAUCUUCAUGAGCACCUUGUGCAUGCAUUCUAAUAAUAACGCUGUCAGUUUCCUGUUCAAUCUCAGUAUUAAAUCUACUGUAUUAUAUUCAGAGCCAAUAAAAUUCAUCCAUGAACAGUGUUAUUGUGAUUUUGUGGUUAUUUGGUGGAUAAUAGAGUAAGCACUUUAUGUCAUUCUAAUUCCCCUUUUUAAUCCAAUAAUUCGAAAACAAUGACCGAUUACUUGGAGCUAGAGCUCCCUAUAUAUAUCCAAAACAGUUAUUUAAAGGUCCAUUCCUGAUGCCCACAUGGUGUGAAACCCUUCCAAUUAAAUUUCUGCUUUGUGCAUGGAUGAGCGGGCAACAGAAUGCUGUUGUGAGUGUGCCCUUUGUGCAUGAGCAUUCACAUACCAAUGCAACACACAAUUAUAGACCAAUUAUAUCAUUCUCAUCAAAAUAUCUACUCAUUCAUAACAUUCACUACCAUUUCUAUUGUGUAGUCGUGCCUGCUAGUACGUGUACUAAAUAAAUGUUGU